AUCGCAGUUGCUUUAAAUUAUCGGAGCUGGCGAGUGCCUGAGAGAGAGAAGGAGUGGGAGGCUGUUUCAAUUGGGAAAGACAGUUGCAGAACUUAGUUCCACAAGAGCAUGAGCUCCUAGCUUCAAACGCCUUCCUGGGGCUCUGACAAGUACUGCCUUUUCUCCUCCAGAGCUUUUCUGUGACAUUUCGAAGGGGCUUUGAGAAAACAAACGUCUCUUUCUGGCAUCCAGUUGUUGCGUUGACCAAAUUCAUGGGACAAUCAGUACGAAGGAGUUUCAUGUUCUUGUGGGCAAUUUGAUGUGUCAGCUCCUUGGAGGGAAGAGCCAAAGAUGUUUGUCUUGCUCUAUGUUACAAGUUUUGUCAUCUGGGCAAGUGGACAACCUCGGGGUAAUCAGUUCAAAGGAGAAAGUCACUCCCCGAGGUAUAUCUGUAGUAUACCUGGUUUGCCUGGGCCUCCUGGUCCCCCAGGAGCUAAUGGAUCACCUGGGCCACACGGUCGUAUUGGCCUUCCAGGAAGAGAUGGUAGAGAUGGCAGGAAAGGUGAAAAAGGUGAAAAGGGGACCGCAGGUUUAAGAGGCAAAGCUGGACCUAUAGGACCAGCUGGAGAGAAAGGGGACCAAGGAGAGACUGGUAAAAAAGGACCUAUAGGCCCAGGUGGAGACAAAGGAGAUGUAGGCCCAAUUGGACUUCCUGGACCCAAAGGAGACCGAGGAAAUCAAGGUGAUCGAGGUGCACCUGGUAUCUGCAGAUGUGGGAGCAUCGUGCUCAAAUCUGCUUUUUCUGUUGGCAUCACCACCAGUUACCCAGAAGAAAGAUUACCCAUUGUGUUCAACAAGGUCCUUUUCAAUGAAGGGGAGCACUAUAAUCCCUCAACAGGAAAGUUCAUAUGUGCAUUUCCAGGAAUCUAUUAUUUUUCUUAUGAUAUCACAUUAGCCAAUAAACACCUGGCAAUUGGGCUGGUACACAAUGGGCAAUUCAAGAUAAAAACAUUUGAUGCUAACACAGGGAACCAUGAUGUUGCCUCUGGAUCCACAGUGAUCUACCUUCAACCAGAAGAUGAAGUCUGGCUUGAGAUCUUUUUCACAGACCAAAAUGGCCUUUUCUCAGAUCCAAGUUGGGCAGACAGUUUAUUUUCUGGAUUUCUCUUAUAUGUUGACACAGACUACCUUGACUCCUUAUCUGAAGAGGAUGAAUUAUGAAAGUGAUUGACAGUCUGGAAAUUUCCCUCCUUCAUUAUACAAACUGACAUAGGAUCUAAUCUGGGAGCCAAAGAUAGUGGAACAGCACUGCUAUAAUCUGAAGGAACUACCAGCCAGAUUCUAAAGGAAACUAUGGAUGUUUUCAACAGAAUCCAUUGAAGCAAGAUGCUGUACCAAACAGCUGGGACCACACAGAAUGAAUUAUGUAGAACAAUAACCCCAGAUAUGAAUUCCCUUGAAAGCAAUGUUCAUAAAUAUUUAAACAAAUUAAAGAUAAUGUCAACAAAUUUUAUAUUAAAUACAUUGAGUGAUAAAACCA